AUGGAUGCAUUCGGAACAACAGCAUCAAUAUUUGGACUGUCUGCUAUUGGAAUAGAUCGAUACGUAGCUAUUACAAGGCCAAUGGAAUAUUCAAAUUCAUUUAUAUCAAAAAGAUGGUAUUAUGUGUUGUCAUUUAUAUGGAUAUGUUCAGCUGUUACAUCAGUUCCACCAGUAAUUUUUAUUGGAAGAGAACAAGUAUCUACUCGUUUAGAACGAUCAAAUAAAUCAAACGCGACAAUAAUUAAAACGUUGUUACCAUUAGACGAAUGUAACGUUCCAACCGAUCCUUAUUAUAUAUUAUUCAUAUGCAUUGCAUCAUUUUAUCUACCUUUAAUCAUUAUGAUUUACGUCUAUAUUCAAAUGUAUUUGGCAGCUAAAAAACAAACUCGAGCACUUCGUUCGGGCUACAAGUAUCACUCUUCUAUGCAAUCUACAACGUCAUCUAUUACGAAAGUUCCUUUGAGACAAAUGUUCUCUGAUAGAAGAUUCGAAAUUGAAGAAAGAGCGGAAAUCUCGGAUGACAAUGCACAUGAAAAAUCAGAGAUGUUAUUACAAAAGCGUAGACCAUCAUAUGAAUUAUUAACUCUUCGCAUUCAUCAUGGUACAUAUAAAAACCCAAAUAUAGAAGAGUUAAAUCAGAAUAAUGAACAUAACACAAAAUCUUUGAAUAAAUUUUCAAGAAAAUAUGAACAAAAAAAAAAAUUUUGGCAACAAAUUUCGAAAAAUCAAAAAGCAGGAAAAUUCGUCGGUAUUAUUAUGGGUGUAUUUAUUGUUUGUUGGUUACCAUUUCAUGUUUAUUUUCUAUUGAGUGGUGUUUUUGGUUUGCGUUUAAAAGAUGAACAAAAUCAUGAAUUAUUAUUCUACAUAUUUUCAUGGUUAGGAUAUACAAAUUCUGCAUUGGAUGUUCUUAUUUAUUCCUUGGCUUCCAACGAACUAAGAACUUUAUUCAUGAAAUUAUUUUGUUAG